UGUGUGUGACUAUAAUGAUGAUUCACCGUAUCUGAGCUGUUCUCUGUGUUUCCAGGCUCCGCUCAUGUCCUGUCAGCUGACGAGGCAGAGAAACACUCAAUUCAUGAUGUGGUGAUGCCGCUGCCCGGGUUUGACGUCAUCUACCCCGCUCAUAGCGUGGGUCGAGGAUACAGAGACAUGCUGAGCGCCGAUGACCUGGACAUCGAUAACAUGAGGCACAAAGUUCGGGAUUAUUCUCUGGCCGGUGCUUACAGAAAAGUCCUCACACGGCCCAGCGACGUCAGCUGGGAGCUGAUUCAGUACGAUGAUCCACGAGUGCCUCUCGUUCACACAGAUGUGGAGAAAUUAGAAAACGCUCCAGCUCCAGUUUACCUCACAGGUCCAGAACAUACACACUUUUACUCAGUGAUCUAAACAGGGUGUUCCUCA